GUUGCCAUUCAUCGUUUAUGAUCUUCAAUGCCCAUUCAACGCAAUUUUUUGUAAUACGGUGAUACGCCAUUAUUUCAUCUGAACGUUGUAGGUUAGCGGUAGUUGUUGCUGUGGAGCUGUACUUUAGUAGCGACUGUCGUUUCGACUAUACGAAGUUUUCGAAAAUGGUUAAAGCCGUGUGCGUUCUUCAAGGAGAUGCCAAAGGCACUCUGUACUUCGAACAACCGGACAAUAGCCCUGCUGUGAAGGUCACGGGUCAGGUAUGCGGUUUGAAGCAAGGAUUGCAUGGUUUUCAUAUUCACGAAUUUGGCGAUAACACUAAUGGAUGUACAAGUGCUGGUCCACACUUCAAUCCGUUAGGAAAAGAUCACGGUGGUCCUGAUUCAGAUGUACGUCAUGUUGGAGAUUUAGGAAACAUUGAAGUAGGUGCAGAUGGAGUUGCUAGUGUUAAUAUAACUGAUAAAAUUAUUCAGCUUCAAGGACCAAACAACAUAAUUGGCAGAACUCUUGUGGUUCAUGCUGAUCCAGAUGAUCUUGGUAAAGGUGGACAUGAGUUAUCAAAAACCACAGGAAAUGCUGGAGCUCGUCUUGCCUGUGGAGUUGUUGGCAUUGCAAAACUUUAAAUAUAUAUAUUCUAAAUGUAUAUUCUAAUACUACAUAAAGAAUAAUACAUGUUAUUACUAUUAAUAUAAUGUUA